AAAGUAACAGAGAAGAGAGUGGUUCGUCAUUUUUUACGGACACUGAGUAUCGCCGGCUUCGCCAUCAUCAUCUUCUUCUUCCUCUUCCUAACAAGAUGGGGAGCACGGUGAUCUUGAGCUCAGACGAAGAAGAUUCAGACAUUAGUGAUUCCGAGAUGGAAGAGUACGGAGACAAGAUCUACCUAACUCUCAAAAGCGGUAAGCUCAAGGUGAAACUCUCUCCUCAAGCUUUCAUGUGUCCGUACUGUCCGAACAAGAAGAAUUUCCAGUACAAAGAUCUGCUUCAACAUGCUUCUGGAGUUGGUAAUAGCAAUUCCGACAAAAGAACCGCCAAGGAGAAAGCAAGCCACAUUGCUCUUGCUAAAUACCUCCAAGAAGAUCCUGCUGAUUCACAAGCAGAGCCUUCUUCAAAGCGAAGGAAGACUGGUGAUCCUAUUCAAGAUUGUGACCAGGACGAGAAGCUCGUGUGUCCUUGGAAAGGUGUUGUGGUUAAUAUUCCAACUACAAAGACAUCAAAUGGCCGAACCGCGGGUGAGAGUGGGUCUAAGCUAAGAGAUGAGUACAUUCAAAGAGGGUUUAAUCCGACCAGGGUUCGUACGUUAUGGAACCACUGGGGGUUUUCUGGUACUGCGAUUGUGGAGUUCAACAGAGACUGGAAUGGACUUCACAAUGCUCUUUCCUUCGACAAGGCUUAUCUUGUAGAUGGUCAUGGGAAGAAAGACUGGUUGAGAAAAGAUGGUCCUCCUAAGUCUGGUCUUUACGCGUGGAUCGCUCGUGCUGAUGAUUACAACGGGAAUAACAUCAUCGGAGAAGACCUGAGGAAGAAAGGUGACCUCAAAACUAUAGCUGAGGUGACGGAAGAAGAGGCGAGGAAGCAGCAGAAGCUUGUGCAGAAUCUGACGCAGCUUGUGGAGGAGAAGAAGAAAGGCGUCAAGAAAAUUGAGGAGCUUCAUUCAGCGAAGUCAAAGGAGCUUAAGGAGAAGUUGGAAGAGAAGGAGAAGAGUCUGCAGAAGCAUAACAGCGAGCUGAAUGCUAUACAGGAGAGGACAAUGGGUCAUGUUAACAAGAUCUUUGCUGAUCAUGAGAAGUUAAAGAUGCAGCUGGAGCUGGAGAAGAAGAAACUCGAGAUCAAGGGGAAUGAGCUGGCGAAGAGGGAAGCACACAAUGAAACUGAGAGGAAGAACUUGGCUGAAGAUCUACAAGAGAAUGCGUCCAAGAAUAGCUCUCUUGAGCUAGCCUCUAUGGAACAACAAAAGGCCGACGAAGAAGUUAAAAAACUGGCUGAGAAUCAGAGGAGGCAAAAGGAGGAGCUUCAUGAGAAGAUCAUUAGACUAGAAACACAAAGAGAUCAGAAACAAAUGAUCGAGCUAGAGAUUGAGCGGUUGAAAGGAGAGUUGAAUGUGAAGAAGCACAUGGGAUCAGACGGAGACGCCGAGAUUGUGAAAGAAGUGGAGAAUAUCUAUAAAGGUUUAACUGAGAAAGAAGAAGAACUUGCAGACCUAGACAAGUUUAACCAAACUCUUAUACUCAGAGAGCGCAGAACCAACGAUGAGCUUCAAGAAGCUCGUAAAGAGUUAGUAAACAUUAUGAAAGAGUGGAAACAAAAUAUCGGUGUAAAGAGAAUGGGAGAGCUGGUGACAAAACCAUUCAUGGAUGCACUGCAGCAGAAGUAUUGUCAGCAAGAUGUGGAGGACAGAGCAAUAGACGUUAUUCAGCUCUGGGAAGACUAUCUCAAAGAUCCAGAUUGGCACCCAUUCAAGCGGAUCAAGUUAGAAAAUCAAGAAAGAGAAGUGGAGGUGAUAGAUGACAGAGAUGAAAAGCUGAGGGAGCUCAGGGAAGAUUUAGGAGAUGGUCCUUAUAAUGCGGUAACGAGAGCAUUGUUGGAGAUAAACGAGUAUAACCCAAGUGGAAGGUACAUAACAACAGAGCUAUGGAACUUAAAAGAAGACAGGAAGGCUACACUUGAAGAAGGUGUCACUUGUUUACUUGAUGAAUGGGAAAAGUCUAAACGCAAGCGCGGAAUGGCUUAAGGUGCAAGGAGAAGGGAGACUAGCCUGAAUAAAAAGCCGCUGAUGCGGUAUGUAGUUGCAGGGGAAUGUGUUUCGUUUGAUGAACCUUUGGUCUUUGUUUUUUCUUUUCUUUUAUCAGAACUUACUAGUGGAUUAUGGGCACACAACUUUAAUGGCUUGUGUUGUAACUCUGGACAACGAGUAAUAAUAAUGACUCUAUCUCAUUGUAAUAUAACUCACAUGUAACUACUAGAUUUCCGUUUUUUUAGCAUCCAUGCAACACACAAGAACUCGUCGUGAAGUUCAGUUGUAUACUACUCUCA